ACAAUAAGAUGCGCACGAGGCACCACGAGAUUUGUAGAAGUUUUCUACGUAGAGGGUAAAGAUGUGAUGGGCUCAAUGUCACUUAGUUAUCUCGUUAUUUACAGGCGCAAGGGGAGGUUUUAACGACCUAUUUUGUUAGACCUGUAAAUACACGACCAUCUCUAGAAAGAGGUACCAGUUCACCAUGUCCACCCACAUUUGUAAAGCGGUGGAGUUGAUGCUGCAUUCUUGCAGCUGCACCAUCAGAAGUAGAUGCUGUUUACCAAAGGCAGUGAUGGUCCCUAUGGGCUGUGGUCCUAGGAUUCUUGGACUUCAUAGAAGAUAUUACAGCAUGGACUCUUUGGGUCCUGGUCGGCCUUCACUUGGUCCAAGUUCCCAACUGCCUCGUUCAGAGAGAACGUCAGCGUUGGCCCAAAGAAACCUGUCUGCAGCAGCUGUACAGGGCCAGUUUCAUCCUUUGUGCCACUAUGACUACCUGGAUCUUGGGGAGUUGGAGGAUAAUAUUCGUCAGGCUCAGGCUUGUAAAAAAGUCAGACACUUCAUUGUGGAUCCAGAUCUGGCUAAUGUGGUAGCGCAGCAUUUGGGACCUGAUCUACAGAAUAGUAAAACUGUUAUCUUCGAAUGUAACCCAGGUCCUGGGGUGUUGACAAGAACACUACUAAAUGCUGGUGCUCAGAGAGUUGUAGCUCUUGAGGGUGACAGAACCUUCUUGCCUAAUCUGCAGAGACUGGAGGCACAUCUUGAUGGUCAGCUGGAAGUGGUUUACUGUAACUUCUUUUGCCUUGACCCCAUCGGCAGUGGCAUUGUGAAACCUCCAUCAAUGUUAGCUGACAAACUGUUCACUGACUUGGGAAUAUCAGAAGCUGCUUGGGAUGAUGAUGUCCCAGUGAAGGUGGUGGGAAUCCUGCCCCAGCGUAAUAAGCGUGGCUUCCUGUUUAAGAUGGUUUAUGCUUUGUUUGAGCGAUUAUCUGUUUACAGAUAUGGAAGAAUAGAGCUCAACCUCUUUAUUGACGAGAUGGAAUACUUGAAAAUGGUGUCUCCUCCUGGUAACAUGAUAACCUACAGAGCCUUUGGUAUCCUCUGGCAGAUGGCUUGUGAUAUUGAACUUCUACACAAGGAACCCUUGCAGUCGUUUCUGGUGUCUGGUGCUAAGAAGAGGAAGCUUUCAAAUAAUCACAUGUGCCUGGUGCGAAUGCGUCCUCGGGCAGACCUGUUCUCUGCAAACCUAAAUCCCUCUAAUGCUUCCACCCUGCUGAUGAUGAUCAAACAGUGCUUGGUGAGGAGGAAGAUCAAGCUCAUUGACAAACUCAAUCUCUGGGCUCCUGAUAGUGGGAGUAAAUUGUUAUCAGAGUUGGGCCUGCCAGAGGACAUACUUACAGGAAACGUAUACCCAGAUGAGUAUCUUCGCCUGUUCCAGUUGAUGGACAAGAGUCAGGAGUUCACACAAAGCUGGCUUUAUGAUGAGGUCUUGGAGAACCCACAAAGGCAGGGCUGGACCUAAAAUGCAGAUUAACAGGUUCUGUGGAAAAGAUCUGAAACACAAGGCAUGUACAAACGUGUAAAAAAUGUACAAUAAAUUUAUUAAAAUA